AUGUUCCAUCUACAACUACAGCGCUGGUCCAACCACAAACAUAGAGGCUCCAAACACAACCACAAGGGCUCCUACCACGACCACAGCAGCUCCAACGACGACCACGGCAGCUACAACAACAACCACACCACAACCACAGCGGCUCCAACCACAACCACAGGUCCUCCAACCACAACCACAGAGGCUCCAACCACAACCACAGCAGCUCCAACCACAACCACAGAACCUCCAACCACAACCUCAGCAGCUACAACAACAACCACAGUAGCUACAACUACAACCACAGCGGCUCCCACCACAACCACAGCUGCUCCAACCACAACCACAGAAGCUCCAACCACAACCACAGCAGCCCCAACCACAACAACAGCUGCUCCAACCACAACCACAGAGGCUCCAACCACAACCACAGCGGCUCCAACCACAACCACAGCGGUUACAACCACAACCACAGUAGCUACAACCACUACCACAUCGUCUCAAUCCACAACAACAGCUACUCCAACUACAACCACAGCGGCUACAACCACAACAACAGCUGCUCCAACCACAGCGGCUACAACCACAACAACAGCUCCUCCAACCACAACGGCUCCAACCACAACCACAGCGGCUACAACCACAACAACAGCUGCUCCAACCACAACCACAGCGGCUACAACCACAACAACAGCUGCUCCAACCACAACGGCUCCAACCACAACCACAGCGGCUACAAACACAACAACAGCCGCUCCAACCACAACCACAUCUCCAACCACAACCACAGCUGCUCCAACCACAACCACAGCGGGUCCAACCACAACCACAACUGCUCCAACCACAACCACAGCGGCUCCAACCACAACCACAGUUCCUCCAACCACAAUCACAGAGGCUCCAACCACAACAACAGCAGCUCCAACCACAACCACAGCAGCUACAACAACAACCGCAGUAGCUACAACUAUAACCACAGCGGCUCCAACCACAACCACAGAGUCUCCAACCACAACCACAGAAGCUCCAACCACAACAACAGAGUCUCCAACCACAACCACAGCAGCGCCAACCACAACAACAGCUGCUCCAAACACAACCACAACUGCUCCAACCACAAAUACAGUGUCUCCAACCACAACCACAGAAACUCCAACCACAACAACAGAGUCUCCAACCACAACCACAGAGGCUCCAACCACAACCACAGCUUCUCCAACCACAACCACAGCGGCUCCAACCACAACCACAGAGGCUCCAACCACAACAACAGCAGGCUCCUACCACGACCACAGCAGCUCCAACCACGACCACGGCAGCUACAACAACAACCACAUUCCUCCAACCACAAUCACAGAGGCUCCAACCACAACAAAAGCAGCUCCAACCACAACCACAGCAGCUACAACAACAACCGCAGUAGCUACAACUACAACCACAGCGGCUCCAACCACAACCACAGAGUCUCCAACCACAACCCCAGCCGCGCCAACCACAACAACAGCUGCUCCAGCCACAACCACAGAGGCUCCAACCACAACCACAGCUGCUCCAACUACAACCACAGCGGCUCCAACUACAACCACAGUGGCUCCAACCACAACCACACCGCCUCCAACCACAACCACAGAAGUUCCAACCACAACAACUGCAUAUCCAACCACAACCUCAGCAGCUCCAACCACAACCACAGCGGCUCCAACCACAACCACAGUUCCUCCAACCACAACCACAGAGGCUACAACCACAACCACAUCGCCUCCAUCCACAACAACAGCUACACCAACAACAACCACAGCGGCUCCAACCACAACCACAGCUGCUCCAACCACAACCACAGAGUCUCCAACCACAACCACAGCGGCUCCAACCACAACCACAGUGGCUACAACCACAACCACAUCGCCUCCAUCCACAACAACAGCUACACCAACAACAACCACAGCGGCUCCAACCACAACCACAGCUGCUCCAACCACAACCACAGAGUCUCCAACCACAACCACAGCGGCUCCAACCACAACAACAGCUGCUCCAACCACAACCACAGCUCCUCCAACCACAACCACAGAAGUACCAACCACAACCACAGCUGCUCCAACCACAACCACAGCAGUUCCGACUACAACCACAGCAGCUCCAACCACAACCACAGCUGCUACAACCACAACCACAGCGGCUACAACCACAACGGCUAAAACCACAACCACAGCUCCUCCAACCACAACCACAGAAGCUCCAACCACAACCACAGAAGCUCCAACCACAACAGCUGCUCCAACCACAACUAUAGCAGCUCCAGCAUUAAUAAGACAACUGACUUUUAAGUCUGAUGAAGAAUUCACCUCUGAUUUGGGAGACCCAUCAUCAUCAGGAUUCCAAACACGCUCUGGACACAUAAUUAAUCGUCUUGACCCACUUUUCAGAAGAGCUUUCCCCUCAUUCCAAAAGAUUGGAGCCAUGAGAUUCAGUGCUGGAUCAAUUAUCAACUCUGUGGAACUUGAAUUUCAGUCAUCAUCUUCUCCUAAUGAUACACUACUUAAAGACAUUUGGUUAAUGAGGCUUCAAACAUCACGGAAUUCAACGUACUAGCAGACACGGUUGCUCUUAGUGACCCAGCACCUGCAACCACAACAACAAUGGUUCCAACCACAACAACUGCUCCAUCCACAACUACAGUGGUUCCAACCACAACCACAACAACUCCAACCACAGCUGCUUCA